AUGGCCAAAUCAGACUCAGUGAGGUGGCAAGCCAGUAGUGAUGGAGAGGAGGAAGAAAGGGUAUUGAUUUCAGACAAUGAAGUUGAUGAUACAGAUCUUCCUGAAUUAUUAGACGAGCUCAGUAGCUCUCAUACAUCACACAUUACAUGCUAUCUCUUAACUCUUGUCUCUUUUUCUAUCAUUGGUGGUUUUUUAUUUGGAUACGAUACAGCUGUUAUUUCUGGUGCAUUGUUGGUGUUAGAUCAAGAUUACCACUACACAUUGACAACAAUACAGAAAGAACUUCUAGUCAGUAUCACUAUUGCUGCUGCAGCCGUUGGUACAAUAUUUGGAGGUUCUUGCAAUGAAUAUCUUGGAAGAAAAUACACCAUUAUGAUAGCAUCUAUAAUUUUUACUAUUGGAGCAGUAGUUAUGGUGUCUGCACCUUUAAUGUGUUUGGGCUGGGGAAUUAUUCUUGUAGGACGUUUCAUAGUGGGUUUAGGAAUAGGUAGGUUAGCUAGUAUGACGGUCCCAAUGUAUUUAGCUGAAUGUUCACCAAUAAAUCUCCGAGGAAGACUAACUGUCCUUGACAAUAUGGCCGUUACAUGUGGUCAGUUUGUAGCUGGAAUCAUUGAUUUUGCCUUUAGCUAUACGAGACAAGGUUGGAGGUACAUGUUAGGAUUGGCUGCUAUUCCUUCAUUAAUAAGAUUGGUAGCUUUUAUAUUUCUUCCUGAAAGUCCACGUUGGUUGGUAGGAAAAGGAAAGACAACAAAAGCAAAAACUAAUACUAAGAAAGGUUAA